CUCUCUGCAGCAUACUGUGUUCACAGCUGGGAUGUUCCAUCACGACGGCGAUGCUCUUACUGCCCAGAAUACUAUGUGGUUUUUUGAGUUGAUAUUUCUUAUCCUGCUCAUUUCAGGUGCCAUCAUCAAACCUAGUACUGUCAUACAUCCUGCAGCUGUCACCGGACUCACCGGAUGAGCUGAGAUCGAGAAACCGCGCACACCGUCCUGCCAAGGCUACUUGCUUGAUCCUGGUCCUGCUGACUUCGCUUCGGUGUGUCUACUGCUCCUCUUGUCCAGCCAUGUCUUACCCUGUGGGCCUGCCGUCCGACAACCCAAUCGUCACCCUGACGCAUCCUACGCCCAUCAUAUGGGUCCUUGAGCUGCACAACGGGGAGGACAGCAGGAUCAACGAGACGCUCAUCGACAAGGCGUUGCAGCCCGCGCUGAACAUCGUCGAGCGCGAUUGGCGCGAGGGGUGGCGCGCAGCGCGGAAGGCGAAGGAUAAGGACGGCGGCGGCGGUGCGUUGAUCAUCGUCGGAAAGAGGGGGCAGAACAAGUUCUUCAGCAAUGGGCUGGAACUAGACAAGCUUAGGAGCGACCCGCACUCAGCGCAUAACUUCACGCCUCUCGUACAUAAUCCUUGGCUCAGGAGGCUGCUGGCGUUUCCCAUUCCUACCGUAGCCGCAAUAAACGGCCACUGCUUCGCUGCGGCAAUGAUGCUCGCGCUCUGCUGCGACUACCGGGUCAUGACAGACGGGAGCAGUCGGCGCGCAUGGAUGUGCAUGAACGAGAUCCACUUCGGCGCCGCCUACCCAUUGUCCUUUGCCUCCAUCAUCCGCACGAAAGUCCCAGACCCCCGCACUCAACGCAAGGUUGCACUCGAGGGGCAUCAUUUCACGCCCCCCGAGGCUCUCCAAGCUGGUCUGGUGGACUUCCUGGUCAAGGGCGACACAGAGGCUGUCAUCGCGAAGGCGCAAGCGGUUGGCGAGUCGGUUGCGCGUAUGGCCACGGCUGGGGCUUGGGGUGUCAUCAAGCGUGACUUGUACCGGGAUGCGCUGGAGGCCUCUGCGCGAGACGAUCUCUUGCAGCAGAUUGACGCAGACGAUGCGGCCGCGAAGGCACGGCUCUAAAUUUGCUGGCUCGGACACGUAGCCUGCUGUAUAUGAUGUAACGCUAGCUUUUUGGUACUUGUUCUUCGUUCCGAGUCUGUUGAUUCCUUACAUACGUCCAUCUCAGGAAGGUGAGCUGCCGAAUGGGCUAACCCGACAUUGGUCCGUGUGAGGACCGUACCACUGUCUCAGUGUCUGCAGACCAAGUUCGCCAUGAUAUUCAACGCUGAACCGACGAUGCAUAAACCGCGCAAGCGAGAACCAGCAGGAAGAUGUUUCUGUGUCUAGAUGCCGGCUCGGAGGAGACUUCAGCGAUGACAUCAUGCGAUUGUAACAUCGCCGC